AUGAACGACCAUUCCACAGUCACGAUGCGAGAAGCAGGUGGCUUCCCGUUCAUGGACUUGCCGAACGAAUUGCGCUGGGAAAUCUACAGCUAUCUGCCGGAAAUCGCUUACGAGCCCGUUUUCUCCGAGCCCUUGAUUUGCAGCUGGAAGAUAUAUCAGAUGCCAACCUCACUGCUUCGAGUCAACAAGACUAUAUACGAGGAUGUGAAGCAUCCCUCGGUACAGAAACAGAUACAGAAGGUCAAUGAUUCGUUUCUGCCCAAAAUCGUUCUCGGCCCGACGCACAAACAGAUAGCCCCUGUAUACAUCGCGCUCUCACGUAGCUUCUAUCAAGCCGGCAAACGAUUGCACACAAAUCUAGGUGGGCUUCAAAAGCUCGGUAACGAGAUUGAGAAUAUAAGCCUCGGACUCGCAUCUUGGUACAACGAUACGUAUCUGCCUCAUGUCUCUUUCCAUUGGAAGCAAGGGAGUAAGCAGGAGACACAGGACAGCCUGGACAGGGAGGGGGACUUAUCUGAGGUUUUGACGUAUCUGCCUCAGCAUAUUUCUGGUAGACACGAAGAAGCUUUCGAGACCCCGACAAAGUGUAGGCCCGAAAGCCUGCAUAGGUUUGUGAGACAAACUCUGAGGAGAAUGGCGAUUUGGAAGACCUGUGAAAUUCGCAUUCGGCUUUUGGAAGAUCCUUAUGGAGUGCUUCCUAGGCGAGGAGGGGAGUUCGAGGACUUGACGGCCGACUAUAUGAUGUACGAAGGAUUGGCAGCGAUGGACACUGCCCGACAAGCGCUGAGUCCAGAGAUGGGCCGCGAACUCAGGAUAGUGCAUUUGGCUUGUUACUCCAAAAGUACCCUGGCGGAGGUGAAUAACCUUCCAGGAAGAUUUCGCCGGAACAUUAAGGUCGAAAAUCCGGGUGCGAGAGAUUGGGGCUUGUUUGAAAUGGCUUUGUCACUAUGCAAUCCAGACGAGCGGGCUCUUUCAAAUCAGAAAAUUCGAGAGCUCAAGAAUCGUAUACCAUGGUAUUGA